AUGCUCAACCUUGCGGUGCAGAGGGGGAGCUCGAGUCUCACUCAUUUGCUGCUGGAAAGAGGGGCAGAUGUCGAAGAAAGAAACAGAGCCAAGGAAACGCCUUUGUUGCAGGCUGUCGGGAAGGGCGAUACCUCGAUCAUCAGUCUCCUUAUUGCAAAGGGCGCGGAUCCGAAUACGCGGAGCUUGCUUACGGGAGAGUGGGCGUUGUAUCGCGCUGUGUUUAAGGGUAGUACGUCUAUCGUUUCCCUCUUGCUUGGAGCGGGCGCGGAUGCAGAGGCGAAGAAUGCAGAAGCGGGAGAGACGCCGCUUUAUAGAGCUGUACUCAGAGGUGAUUCGGGCGUGGUGGCGUUAUUGCUGAGCCAUGGGGCGAGGACGGAUACGAGGAGUCCUGGGGGAGAGUGUCCGCUUUAUAGGGCGGUUUAUAGGAAUGAUAGGAGUGUGGUUAGUCUGCUGUUGGGCAAUGGAGCGGAUCCUGAGGCGGGUGGGGUGGGAGAGAAUGGGGAGACGGUAUUGGAGUAUGCGGAGAGGAAGGCCGGGCCCAAGGGGGGGACUGUUGUGCAGUUGUUAACAUUGAGUAAGAGACCGAGGGUACCGGUAAAGAGUUAG